AUGGGCUCUGUGAGGCCUCCAGCGCACGGCAGCGGGGCGGCUGCGCUGUCGGUGCCCGCGCUGCCCUCUGCGAAACUUCGUGUUCCCCAAACAGUGCGGAUCUUCUGUGCGUUGCCCAGCUGGAAUGUGCUGCUUUACAUAGUGCGAGAGGUUAACAGACCAUUGCAGGAGACAUUGGAUUUAACCUGUAGAAAAGCCCCGUGCUUUGUGAAAUUCUCAGAGAUGGAAAAAAUGGCAAACAUGCAAGCUGAAAUCAGUGAGUUGAAACUGAAAACUGAAAUUCUGCAGCUGGAGAAGGAGACAGCAGACAUCGCUCACCCUUUUUACUUAGGCAAAAAAUGCGAGAUUUUGCAAGAUAUGAACAGACACUUGGAAGCCGUACUGAAAGAGAAGAGGGCUCUUAGGAAGAGGUUAAUAAAGCCCAGAUGUCAAGAGAGCCUGCCUAUUGAGGUUACUUUCCACAAGUACGUAGUAGAAUUGUUGGCUGAGGCUGUGACUUUCAUUGAGAAGCUUGAAAGUCAUUUGCAGACCUUAAGAAGCAUCCCUGAGAUACCAAACGUCAUAAAGAACAUGGACACUGCUUUGACAAAAACAGAGGUACUUGUGAUGGAGUUGGAGGACCUGGCAGAGCAAAUAUUGACAUGGAGGGAAGUGCAAAAAGAAGUGUAUUCUGACAGCAUCUGCAAUACUGCUGAAUUGGACUUUGACUUACCUUUAACUUGA